AUGUCACUCGGCUCUUUAUUAAACUUUGACAAACUGUUCAAAUUCGAAAAUGCAAGGAAAGUAUCGGUUAGUUCAUCAAAUAAAGGUCGAGCUCGUUCGUCAAGUACGUCUGGAGGGUCUGGCGGAAAAACUGUUGCAACGCCUCCUGUUCUAGGUGGUUUAUUUGCGAGUGGUAUGCCAAAAUUGAAGAGUCGUGGUGGCAUUGAUACUGGAAGAGAUAAUAAUAAUCUUGCAGCACCACCUCCUUUACCCGGUGGCCGUCCAAGAGCCCCAAGUGAUGGAAAACAAGUAUCUGUCGCAGUACCUACAGUACCGCAAUCAAAAGGUGAAGCCCAGCUUCCAUUUAGAAACACGAUACAAAAAAGCAUUGGUAAAACUAUAAAUUCAGAAACAACAUCACCUUCUCUGCCAAAUCGAACACCACCAUUGCCUACACGCGCAAAAACGAAUGCGGUACCACCACAAUUACCAAAUCGUACACCAACAUCCAAUUCAACUUCUUCGCUUCCGCCUUUACCUUCACGGAACACAAAAAGUGCUACGCCUCCAUUACCCUCUGUAAAAAAAGUACCACCACCAACACCGAAUAAACCAUCAUCACUUGCAAGUAAUAAAUCGGCACCACCACGACCCGUGUCUACCAUGCAACAAUCACAAUCGCCUUCACUUCAACCACCUCAUCCACCUCGUGCUCGUUCUCCUGGAUUUGUUAAAUCUAUACCAUCACAAAAAGAACCACCAACUACAGAAGGACGGUGGACAUUUCAUUCUUCGUCUGAAUUUCCAACCCCGCGGCCUUUUAUAAAAUUAAUUAGAGAAUAUCCUUCUGGAGCUUCAACGAUUUCGCUGGAUUUGUCAUCUUUGACGCUACAAGGUACUCCACAACGUGCGCCGCCCCCUCCACCAUUG